ACAUUCAGGUGCUGCAUACUGUGAGUGCAAUCCUGGCUAUUAUGGAACACGCUGCAAAGACAAAUUAGAUGCAUGCAAAAUGAAAUUGGUGACGUAUAUAUACACUAACCCGGAAACUGGGAAAAAAGUGAGGAAGACAGCCAGUGGGAACGAGAUGUGUAACACGAACAUGUCAGGUAUCGCCCUACCAGCUCCUACCAAAAUUGAGAAGUCACCGGAUGAUGUGCGUUCGGUCUGCAUUCCUACGUUGGGAACAACAGGUUACCGGUGCAAAUGCAAGGCCCCAUUCUACGAGGAUCCCACUCAUCCGAUGCCCAAUUGCCUCAAACGAGCUGGUCCUUGCGAUGAACGGUUAUGCAUACAUGGCACGUGCGUGUCCACGUCGGGACAAAACGGCACAAGCAUGUGUGUGUGCAACCCGGGAUAUGACGGAGCAAUGUGCGAAUACAAGGCAGAACAUUGGAGUGUGUGGUCGGAAUGUUUGCCUAUCUGCGGUUUUAACAGGACACGUACGAGAAGGCGCUCGACUACCAUUCGUGACCCAUCCCCCUGGCAGCCAUACUUUGACGAUCUUGCCGGAAUCCCGAACACAAUGUCCGACAACGAAAUGCGAUCUUAUCCUGGCGAACUUAUUCAGGCAGAGGUCUGUCCACCAAGAACGGGAUCCCAAUGUCCAUUCUCUCCAAGCAGCCCAGACUACCAGUUGUUGGCAUCCACUGAUCCCGGGUUAUUGGAGCUGCAAGCGGUCUUGAGCUUGGCCAUCAGCGUCCUACUAUUGGUGAUCGGAAUUAGCGCAUGUAUUGCACGCAUGGCCAGAGGCCACAAGUUUUGAGCAACAGCAUCCCCGUGAGUCUACCGUACGCACACUUCGAGAGGUGUACUGUAAAUUAGCGUUCCGUUUGGAAAGCACUAGUCGCAAUGUUUGCUUUGCAUUUAGUUCUAGCAAAUACAUAGCUUUAAAUAUCAGUCUUUCGUGUCCGUACGGA